UAAUUUUUACAUUAAUAUUAUAUAAAUAGUAAAAUACAUGCCAUGCAAAAUGAGGUAUAGUAUUCAACUUGGGAAAAGGUGAUGAAUGUGUGAACACGAGAGAAUUCUUUAGCUCUUUUUUUACUGAGGUUGCCCAAAAAGUUAUAAUCACAAUGCGUGGGGAUUAUGUGAGGAAGUGGUCAGAAAAAGAAACCUCUGACCAUUUUGAGUUAUAGUUGUACUUAACAAAUAUGUAGCAUUAAUUUCAAAGCCAUCAUAUAUUGUGAACAAGAGAAGAGAACAACCGCGGCACCCCAUGGUCAUUAGUCACCAGCCAUGGAAAAUCAAUUUUACUCAACCCACGUGAAUGAAUGCACAAAUGUUAAGAAAAAGGACUUCGAGUAACACGUUAUUAAACUGUCAAAACGUUAUGAUUAAUCAAAUAAAAUAUUAAGCAUAGCCAUGUGUUUUUGUUUCUUGUCGAGGUAUAUAUACGUUUUAUUAUUGCAGAUAUUAUUAUCAUAUUAUGGUUGUUGGUUGUCAAAGAAGCAGGUUAAAACAUUCAACAAGAGGUUCAUCUUUUUAUUUUUUGCAAGAUCAUUAAUUAAACUCUUCUUCAGGACUUGAUAUAACAAGUUAUUUAUUUAUUUAUUUAUUUAUGGCAUUACAGGGUUUGUUUACUCGUUAUUUCUGUUGAAAGUCAGCUUAAGAGGGAGAACUCGUAGCAGAAGUAGCCAAAAUGAAAGGACAAACAUAGAUUUCAGUCUACCCAACCGUGUUGGGAAACUUCUCAAUCACAUUUCACAUUUCCACCUCUUAUACAUAUAUAUGAAUGUGCUAUAAGAGAAAGUGUCACAAUUGAAUCCCAAACGUGUUCUCAAUCACAUACAACUUAACCAUUACUAAUUAAGGCCUUCGUAAAAAACAGCAAGAGUACUGAAUAUUGACAUAGCAUGGGAACCACUACGGUUUCUAGCAAAUUAUUUUCUUUGUCAUAUUGUAGUACAAGAAGAAUAGCUGCUACAAUCAAUGUGCCAAAGAUCAAGGUAACCAAAAUCUCCACUCCAAGGCUUCCCAACAGAAGCUUGGUGGCAGAAUUGGAUUAUGGUUAUCUAAAUAGUUACAUUUCAGCCACCCCCACAACUCAUGCAAAAGAGGAUCCUUACUACUCCAAUAUCAACACCAACGGUUCCACAGCACCUAGCAGAAGUUCUACAAAUUCCAUGGAGGUCGCUAAGCUUCAUUUGAUUAUGGAGAUUGUAGCAGAUAGGGUGGAAAUGCACAAGAACAUUGGAGCACAGCGCGACAAUUGGAACCACCUUCUAACAACAUCUGUUAACAUGAUCACUCUCUCUGCUGCAACCAUGGUUGGCCUUGCAGGUGUUGGUUCAAUUGGAGCACCUAUUGUGGCCUUGAAAGUGUCCUCCACAAUUCUUUACAUGGCAGCCACAGGGCUACUUGUGGUCAUGAACAAAAUUCAACCAUCACAACUCGCAGAGGAGCAGAGAAAUGCUGCUAGGCUGUUCAAGCAGCUUCAUAGAGAACUCAGAACAAGAAUUUCUAUGGGGAAUCCUAGUGAGAGUGAUGUUGAUGAAGCAAUGGAGAAAGUGCUGGCAUUGGACAGGGCUUACCCUCUUCCUUUGUUGGGAUCAAUGCUUGAGAAAUUCCCUCAAACCGUGGAGCCAGCGGUGUGGUGGCCUAAACAGAAGCAAAGGUGUGUAAGAAAAGAAGAGUUGUGUGGUGGGAAGUUGAAAGGAAAGAAUGGUUGGGAUGCAAGGUUAGAAGAUGAAAUGAGAAAGAUUGUGAUGGUUUUGAAAAAGAAGGACAUGGAAGACUACUUGAGGAUGAGUAAAGAGGUUUUGAACUUCAACAAGGUGUUGGCAGUUUCUGGUCCACUACUCACUGGCCUUGCAGCUUUGGGUUCAUGCUUCUUGGGUUCUGUGAAUGGAUCUUGGCCUGUGAUGCUUGGGGUUAUUGGAGGUGCUUUGGCAAGUGUUGUUAACACAAUAGAGCAUGGGGGGCAAGUAGGGAUGGUGUUUGAGAUGUAUAGGGCAAACACUGGCUUCUUUAAGCUCAUGGGAGAGAGCAUAGAACUUAAUAUUAAUGAACAAGAUCCCAAUAAAAGAGAAAAUGGGGAGUUGUUUGAAAUCAAAGUGGCUUUACAGCUAGGUAGGAGUCUCUCACAACUCAGGCAAAUUGGUGCUAAAAUUUCAUCCUCACACGAAGAAAAUGAUAGUGAAGAGUUUGGUAGCAAGCUUUUCUAGCAUUUUUACCAUGUGUACUGUAAUUAUUAAGGUAAAUGUUCUCAUUACAAGAGAAUGCUAUUGUAAAUAGUUUGUUAGCUGGUAUUGUAAUACUAUUACUAUGUGUACUAAGUACUAACUAUAAAGAUUAUUUUAAAUAAAAUUUCUAGAGUUUAACUA